AUGAGCCAGCUGAAACCCAGCAGAGACCAGUGUCUCUGCCCUGUAGAUUUGCACAAUGGAACAAGGACCAUAGAAUUUCUCCUCUUGGGACUCUCAGAUGAUCCACAAGUUCAGCCUCUUCUCUUCUGCCUCUUCCUGUUCAUGUACCUGGUCAGCGUCAUAGGAAACCUGCUCAUCAUCCUGGCUGUCACCUCUGCCCCCCACCUUCAUACCCCCAUGUAUUUCUUCCUCUCCAUCCUUUCCACGGCUGACAUUGGUUUUAUCUCCACCACUGUUCCAAAGGUGAUUUGGAACAUUUACACACAGAGUAAAAACAUCUCUCAUGUAGGAUGCCUGAUACAAUUGUCAUUUUUUUAUGGUUUUGGUUGUUUGGACAAUGUGCUUCUAGCUAUAAUGGCAUAUGAUCGCUUUGUGGCCAUCUGUCACCCCCUGCACUACACAGUCAUCAUGAACCCCCGGCUCUGUAGCCUGCUGCUUCUGAUGUCUGUUUGUGUCAGCCUGUUAGAGUCCCAGCUGCAUUUCUUGAUGAUAUCCCUGCUUACCUUCUGCACCCAGGUGGAAAUUCCUCAUUUCUUCUGUGACGUUCCUCAACUCCUCAGGCUUGCCUGUGAGGACUCCUCCACUGAUAACUUACUCCUUUAUCUUAUUGCUGCUGUCUUUGGUGGUGUGCCAGUCUCAGGGAUAUUGUACUCUUACUCCAGAAUUGUGUCCUCUGUUUUGAGAGUCUCAAACACAGGUGGGAGGUAUAAAGCCUUCUCUACCUGUGGCUCUCAUUUGUCUGUUGUUUGCUUAUUUUAUGGAACAGGUGCUGGAGUGUACCUCAGCUCAGCUGUCUCUCAUUCACCCAGGAAGGGAGCAUUGAUCUCAGUGCUGUAUACAAUGGUUGUCCCUAUGCUGAACCCCUUCAUCUACAGUCUGAGAAACAAAGAUAUCAAGAUGGCUUUCCAGAAACUUCUCAGUAGAAGAUUCUAA